AAUAAGGAACUAUUUUCAAAAUCAGGCUUACAGCUGUCAGCAGCUGCGGAUAUGCCUGGAUUCAGGGGCCUCGGCGGUGCCUUUCUGCGGCGGAGGAAGAGAAAUGGCAGCAGUCGACGCUGGGCCAUAAAGAGCAAGAAGCCACUUGGGACUCCUGCCAUACCAACGGCCCCUGUUCCAAACAACAAAACAAAGGUGGACACUAUGGAGGAGACGAGUGUUCAAACCACUAAACAGCUGUCUUCAACACUAAGUAUUGGAGCUCUGUUUUUUGCAUUUGGAAGUGUUGUGCAAAAAUGCGGAAAGACAAUUAAUCAAACCUGUUUUGGACUCCUGAAUGUCUUCUUUUUCUGGAGAGGCUAUUCCGAAAGAGUGGAGUCCCUUCACCUAAAAGUAGAGGAGCUGCAAAGGGAAAUAGCACUAUUGCAUUCCACUUUGAAGCUGUAUCGAGAAGCCAAGACUGCAGGCGGUCAAUGUGACAUGCCUGAUGGUGUUCAGCACUCAACACCUCCGCCUGUCUCCCUUCCACCUCCUCUUCCUCCUCCUCAAAUUCUGUUGACACUUGCUGCUCCGAAAGUGGCCUCAAUUCCCCUAAAAACUGCUCAAACUACCUCUGUGAAGGUAAAAAAGCAAAAUGGCCCUGUUGCUUUGACUCUUCGAGAUCUUCAAGCAGUACGACUAAGAAAAGUGAUUGUAGGCCAAAAAACUCAGGUGUCUCCAGAGAGAAAAAGAUCACCACUGGUCACACUCGCAGACUUGCAGAAAGUCAGUUUGCGACGCUCUAAUUCUGACCUCCCCUUAAAGUCUAGAUCAAGCCUUGGCAGGACUGUCUGUAGGACACCAACCAAAAAUCCCAUGAAUCUUCGGGUACAGCUUCGAAAAGUAAACUUAAUGAGGAGUCCUGGUGGCACACCGCUGUUUAACAAAGAGAAUGCUGUGAUGGAUUCAAGCCUGGAUCCAAGCAUGACCAGAGAGGGUUAGGAAACACGUACCUGAGUGCUUUAACAAAAGAACUAUCACCACUCAAGACUGUCUAAACAAAGAUAAUUACUGUUUGUUAUUGCACAUUGUGUUUUGCAUGGCCAGUCGUGU